CUUAAUGACUGACAGCCAGGAAAGAGUGAAAUAGACGGUGAGAGAAAAUACAAGCAGGUGAGAUUAUCAGAAAAAAACAGGUAUGAGGGGACAGGCGUUGAAACUGCUGCUCUUUUUGAACGUCUUGUUUUUGGGGAGCCUCCUGGUCGUCCCCUUCUGGAAUACGAUGGAGAACGGAUCGGCGAUGCCUCGCCGCAAUCUACUGCAAAGCAUCGAGUCAUUAGCCUUUAUGGAGAGUUCGUAUCAGUUCAUAGAUUUCUGCUCUCGAGUUUCACAAACCGAAGACAAACAAUUAAGUGAGCCCAUCAAAGAAGAACCUGAAAAAAAAGAUGACAAGAAACAAGAAACUAAGCCAUGUAAAGGCUGCAGUGAGCCCAUCAAAGAAGAACCUGAAAAAAAAGAUGACAAGAAACAAGAAACUAAGCCAUGUAAAGGCUGCAGGAAAGACAAAUCUGAGAAAAUACCUGAUAAGAAGCAAGCUGCCACAGAAAGUAAACCGAAUGAAGAGUAUAGGAAGAAAAUAACCAAAAUGCUAAAGCCUUACUCCAAACCCUUUAAGAGACAGGAGGAAAAACACGAAGAAUUAAGAGUUCGGCUGCACUUAAAGGUCGGAGGUUAUGAAAAGGCCGUCAUUACUCAGAAGAACACUCUGGUGGGAACAAUACUUGCUACAGAUGGAGAUAAAAAGAGGAUUUUUGAGGUGAAAUCGGAGCAUUUUGACACAUUUUUGAAGGAAUCUCCUUUUGCAAAUAAAACCUACAGCUCUUGUGCUGUUGUUGGGAAUGCUGGGAUCCUGGCAAACAGCAGCUGUGGAAAAAGUAUUGAUUCAGCUGAGUUUGUCAUCAGGUGCAACCUUCCGCCUUUAAGAAAUGGAUACGAGAAGCACGUUGGGGUCAAGACGGACCUCGUGUCAGCAAACCCGAGCAUACUUUUAGAAAGGUAUGGCUCUCUUUUAGGUAGUCGACGGAAGUUUAUGGAAAAACUGUGCCAAUAUGGAAGCGCCAUGAUUCUAUUUCCUGCGUUUUCCUAUGUCAAACACACAGCUCUCUGCAUGCGGGCUUUCCACACUAUUCAAGACUUUGGGAGCCCCAUGCAACCAAUCUACUUCAAUCCAGAGUACUUAAAGGAUCUUGAUACAUUCUGGCGCUCUCAAGGAUGGCAGGCUGUGCGUCUCAGCUCUGGCAUGAUCCUGACAAGCAUGGCGCUGGAACUGUGUGACACCGUCGACCUGUACGGCUUCUGGCCGUUCAAUCUUCACCCACAGACCUUCAAGGAGCUGACCAACCAUUAUUUUGAUGACAUAAGAGGAAAGAGUGGAUUCCACGCCAUGCCGGAGGAGUUUAAGCUCCUGUUGCAGCUACACAGCGAGGGUAUACUUCGGCUCCACGUUGGUGAUUGUGAUUCCAAAGGAGAGUAGUCCAACAUACUGGAAAGAAAGCAUAGUGCUGUGUGUGUAGGUAUGCGUGUGUUUGCGUUUGCAGUUGUGGUUCUGCAUUAAGCAAAGGCCUGGGCAAGCCCCUCCUCCUGCCACCCAAAACAAAACAAAAUGGAAUUAUAUUCUGUUCUGGGAUAAAUGCACAGCAGUGCAGAAACGACAAGUUGUCAGUAGGAUAUGCAAACUGUCUGUUGGAAUGCCCCUGUCCCUUUUAAUGCUGCCCUGGGCAAAUGCCUAUUGACCCUUUGCAACUACUUCACUUAAUGAUUCUAGGUGCCAUGACAGACAUCGGAAGUGAGGGAUGGGAGUAUUUUACGAAACAACUUAAAUUGUUUUCCAAAGUUGUUUUUGCCAAUUUAUUCAUGGCUUCUACUUGUUCGAGUUGAGCUAAUUUGUCUGUGAGCGUAACACACCUGGUUGAGGCUCCAGGACGGGGGUAUUUAUAAAAGUUUGAAACAGCUAGCUCAGAAACCGACCCGUACCUCCUCCCUCCUGAGGUGUUCAUCAAACUGCCAACUUUACCUGAAUUCACACCACAUGAUUUAUUACAUUAUGUCAUGAACGGCGUUUCCCCUUAAACCGAGGCAGGAUUGAAAACGUAUAAAAGACGAGAUGCUACGUGCUACAUGGCUACAUGACGGUGCGACAUUGUUUCCAUGGUUACUAAUGGUUAGACGUGUACCUUCCCCAUAAUGCGAUAUUUGAUAUCUUUCCAAUCAUGCUUACUUAUGACGUUUAUGACCGUUAAUCUUCUUACUUUGUAAAAAGCAUUCGCUGCAAAUCCGCCAUUUUCACCGAGGGCUGACAGUCAUUAUGACUGACAGCUGAUUUUAUCCAUAACCGCCGUAUGGAGUGGGCGGAGUUUCGAAUAUAGUGACGUCAUGUGUAGAGGGCCAAUAUGGGGCAAUGUCAACAAUCAACCAUAAUUGAUAAAGCAAAUUUAAAGUAGGCUAUUUAUUUGGAAGAAAAAAAAAACUACAGUUACAAUCAAAGUAAUCUACAUUCUAAUUUGAAGGGCAUUCCUCCAUCUAUAUUUAUUCAGAGGUUUUGAAGAUUUUCACUUGUUUUCUUUUUUUGGAGGGGGUUGUUAUGUUGUUAUUCUUUUAUAAUUACUUGCACGGUGGGAUCCGUAGUUUGCA